AUGUUUGAUGACUGCUCUUUGCCCUUAACCCUGGCGCAUCUACUCCUCGAGCUCUCCAUUGUUGCAUUACAUUCCUCAGCCCGUCGUCUAACGUCUUCCCCUCCCCCUGCCUACUCCUCUCCAGUGUUCCCCCGUGAAACCGAAAAGCUGGAGCUGCCGUCGAUUUCGCAGGUCCACACCCGCGGUCCUGCUGACAUCCCCUGGUACAACCACCACGCGGCCGAAAGACCGCUGUUGUCGGGCGAUAAGCUACCCGCCCUCAGCUUGCCGACGGCUCCCCAAGCCCCAUCUCGUGGUUAUCAAGACGCCAGCGUGAGCGGUAGCGCUCGUACCAGUCUAUCCGAGGCGUCGGCCGUCCACGAUCCCCGCAGUCCACCCGCCGAUCUAGCUACACAGGGUCGCCUGUCGCUGGAUUCGGAGUAUUCCAUCGUGCCCAACGAGGCCUACUACCCCAGCCCGACCUCGCUCGGCAGCAUGAACCAAGGCCCACCCUACAUGGACGUGCAUUCCCAUAUGUCUUCCGCGCAAUCAUAUCAGUCGCAGGCGGCCACUGCGGGUGCGAUGUCGCAUUAUCCUUAUCAUCAACAACCGCCGGUCUUGCAGCCCGUUUCCAAUUAUAACCCGUCGUACCCGCAAUAUGGAUAUGCCAAUGGGGUCACUUCACCGCCGACCGGACAUCCCCCACCAACAAGCUCGAUGGGCGGUCAGAUGGCACCCCAGAUUUUGCCUCUACCAGGUGUAGGCAAUCACCAAGUUCCCAGUGGAUACGGCAACAGCACCGGAGCACCACUGCAGGGCUAUGUGUAUGAUACAACCGGCCAAGUCGCUCCCCCAGGGGCGAAGCCACGCGUCACUGCGACUCUUUGGGAAGAUGAGGGUAGCCUUUGCUAUCAGGUGGAGGCGAAGGGAGUCUGCGUUGCGCGAAGAGAGGACAACCACAUGAUCAACGGCACCAAACUAUUGAACGUCGCUGGAAUGACUCGUGGUCGUCGCGAUGGGAUCCUGAAAAGUGAAAAGUUGCGCCACGUGGUGAAGAUUGGCCCCAUGCAUUUGAAGGGUGUCUGGAUUCCAUUUGAGCGAGCGUUGGAAUUUGCCAACAAGGAGAAGAUCACUGACCUUUUGUACCCAUUGUUUGUGCACAACAUCGGCGGCCUGCUGUACCACCCAGCCAAUCAAAACCGAACAAACAUGGUCGUGCAAGAAUCCCAGCGACAAAGGAUGGAAGGUCCUCCCGCUGGGCCUCAGCGCACCCCAACGGCGCCGCAACCCUCGACCUUGCAUCACCAUGCGAUGCAGACCCCCAUGUCUUCUCAAAUGUCACAACCGUCUUCCAUGGGCCGUCCCGGGAUGGAUCGAGCCUUUCCCACUCCUCCAGCCAGUGCAUCCAGCCUGAUGGGUGUGACGAACCAAGGGAGCUCGUACGAAUGGGGUGGCCAGGCCAUGAACUCGGGAGUGCCGCACUCUCAGCCACUUUCGAUUGACACGACAUUGAGCCACCAGCAGCGUUCCUUGCCAACCACGCCGGCUACCACUCCCCCGGGUAACAACAUGCAAGCCAUGCCACCCUACCAGGGACAGUCUGGCUACGAUAGUUCCAAGCCCUACUACACCGCUCCGCCUCAGUCUCACUCGCAGUACGCUCCGCACACACCAAUGACCCAGUCCGGUCUGCCCCAGUAUUCGCAAUCUCUCCCGGCCGUCAAUUAUCUGAAGAGUGAAAUGGCUCCUCCGACCGGUCGCGCCCCAGGUGCCCCUGAGACGGAAACUCCGGAGUUGAAGUCUGAACGGUACUCGCAGAACAACGGUCCCGAGGAAUCGGUGCCACCGCACGAGCCCGAGUACCUGCAGGACCAGGGGUCCGCUUAUGGUACCAAUCGCGGAUCGUACACGUACUCUACCAACCCAUCAGUCGGAUCUCUUACAGGAGAACACCAGCAACUGACUCCCGAAAUGACCGGGUCGCCACAGCAGAACGGUUCGGGCCGCAUGACCCCCCGUACUAGCGUGAGCGGACCUCCGCCACACUGGACUUCCGGGUACAACACUCCCCCGCGUCCCUCGGCAGCUACCACCCUCUACAACGCCGUUAGUGACACCCGUGGUACCCCUGCCAACGGCGUCUCCGAUCCUUACUCCAUGGCCACCAUGAACGGAUCUCUGGGAGGCUCGGGCGGCAAGCGGAUGCGUGAGGACGACGAGGUGGCCCGCCCCGAGAGUGGUGAUGGGUAUGAAACCAAGCGUCGCAAGACUAUCACCGAUACCACUCUGGGUGGUCCUGUCGGUGGUGCCCCUAUCUUGCAGCCCAUGAAGACUGCUGUCAUGGCUGGACGUCGUCGCUGA